AUGGGUAAUAAGCUGGGACUGAAAUCUAAUUUUAAAAACUCCCAAACCCAACAUACCGGUGCCCUAACCUUCAAGAAAGGGGAGAACCUGGAGGUUUCAGACCUAAACGAUCCCGACCGGUGGAAAGUUCGACGAUCUGAGACAGGUAUGACAUUUCGUGACAUGAGGGAACAGGUGUGGACCCAUAAGUACCGACUACUCAAACCUCUAUGGGGGGAGUGUCCCGAUUCGUACUACAAUACGAUGCUUAAGUGCUGGCAUGAAGUGCCCGAAAAUAGGCCUACCUUUGAGUACUUGUGCCACUACUUCGAGGACUACUUCGUGGACACUGAGAGACAGUACCUCAAAGCAGAUGAUAACGAAUAGGACAUGGAUGAAAAAAUAAAUUAUGUAU